AUCUUAUUGAUUCACAUCAGAACCGUAAACAAUAGGGUUAAUCGACAAGUGCCAGUAUCACUGACUACACCCGCUCACGACCAAAACUCCGUAGACACGCCUUAAAUAAGAAGGAAGUGAGAAGAGACCGUAGUUUACCUAUAAAAGCGAUGCAGUGCGACACAGACUCCCAUUAAAGUGUUCAACAGGAUUAGUUAGAUACAGUAGUGUGUGCGCGUGCUGCGGCUAACAGGUUACACCUGUACUAAUCCCGGAAGUCGUGCGUUCUGGGCGCUUUGGUGCGGAACUGAAGACCACACUCAGGUUUUAGAGCAGGAAUUUUCACCCAAUGACGCCGUUUGACACGUGUUUCUUUUCUGGCUCUGUCUGAAACUGUUUAAAAGAGGAACUUCAUUAAAAGUCUUACAACGAUAUUUUCGUGAGACUGGACAUUUUAGGUAAGUUUUAGCCAUCGCCAUGUCUCUGGGCUCAGAUAUUAUCCCAGGUGAGGCGCUUUUCUCUGACUUCCGGAGACAGUGUCUGGAGACGGAGAACUGGGUGAACAAGUACAAUAAGAACGGAAUGGAGGUUUGGGUCGAGGUGCCACCUGUCUCCAACUCCCUCCAAGGGAAAAACAGCUACUCCAGAGUGCAUAAGGUCAAGUGUAAAAUUACAGUAAAUGAUGUAUCUGCUGCUACAAUGUAUGAUGUUCUUCACGACAACAUCUAUCGGAAAACGUGGGACCCUGCAAUGCUCGAGAGCUUUGAAAUUGCACGUCUGGCUCCCAAUGCUGAUGUGGGCUACUAUUCAUGGCUCUGUCCUAAACCACUGAAAAACCGUGACGUGGUUACCGUCCGCUCUUGGCGUGCUUCUGAAGAUGAAUACAUAAUUGUCAACUUCUCUGUCAAGCAUCCGAAAUACCCUCCACGUAAAGAGUUGGUGAGAGCCGUCUCUAUUAUGACUGGUUACAUGAUGAAACCAACAGGGCCAAACAGCUGCUCCUUCAUUUAUCUCUCACAAGCAGAUCCUAAAGGUUCUCUUCCUAAGUGGGCAGUAAAUAAGGCAACUCAGGUCCUAGCACCCAGAGUUAUGAAAAGUGUGUAUAAGGCGGGUCAAAACUACGCUGCCUGGAAGGCUCAGAACUCUCCAGAUCAUAAGCCAUGGCUCUACCCUAUCCAGAGUGAACUGCCCAUGAUGAACCCAGCUGAGCUGAGCAUCCAGCGUGCAGACUCACUGGAGAAUGUGGAUGAGACCUCAACUCGUGAUGCUGUGGAGAAUGAGGAUAGCAGCUGAAGGACACCACAAAUAGAUGAAUAAAUGGACACUACACACCA